GUCUCAAGAACAGGACAGUUCAAAGCUGCCACAUAUCUUAUCUGUUAUUUUCCUUCUCUUCUUGUAUAGACAGACAACAACACACAGUAUUUCUCAAUCCAACUCUUCUUCUUGCUUUCUACUCAUAACUGCAAUUAAUACACAAACAUGCAUUCCUUAACAUGUCUAACACUUUCUUCUCCUUCUUCAAUCUCAUCUCUAAAGCCAAAUCAUAACUAUAACCCUUUAUUAGGUGCAGCCUCAAAGCCAUGUCUACUAACAUUGAAAAGAAAAACCAGUUUUACUACUAGAGCAUUACUUUCAUCAACCAAAGAAUCUGUCCUAAAGGAUUUUCGCGAAAGAACAGCUCUCAAGAUUAUCACAGGCUUGCAGAAUUUUGAUAAAGACAAUGUUGCCUCAGUUGUCACUGCCGCAGAAAAGGGAGGAGCAACUCACGUCGAUAUAGCAUGUGACCCGGAGUUGGUGAAGCUAGCUAUCAGCCUAACUUCUUGUCCGGUUUGUGUUUCUUCUGUAGAUCCUGCAACAUUUCCAGCUGCAGUUGAAGCAGGAGCACUAAUGGUUGAGAUUGGAAAUUAUGAUUCAUUUUAUGAGAAGGGAGUGAUUUUUACUCCAGAGCAGAUUCUGAGUCUAACAAAAGAGACAAGGAGGAUACUUCCAUCUGUGGUUUUGUCUGUCACUGUUCCUCACACACUAAGCCUUCCCGAUCAGGUCAAGCUUGCAGAAUCACUUGAACUAGAAGGUGUGGAUAUUAUUCAAACUGAGGGAGGAAAAUGUUCCAAUCCUACAAAGUCUGGUGUUCUUGGUUUGAUUGAGAAGGCAACACCAACUUUAGCAGCUGCAUAUUCUAUAUCACGAGCUGUUAAGAUACCUGUCAUGUGUUCAUCCGGGCUAAGUGCUGUCACAGCACCUAUGGCUAUCACUGCCGGAGCUUCUGGUGUGGGUGUGGGCUCCGCAGUUAACAAACUAAAUGACGUGGUCGCUAUGAUUGCUGAAGUUAGAAGCAUUGCUGAUUCAUUGAAGACAUCCCUUCCGAUACACACUACACAUGAAGUCAAAACUCAUUUCCAGUAGUUCAAUAUAUGGAAGAAAUAGCUUAAGGUGGUUUAGGUAGUGAAUAAAACGUUUGAAGAAAAUCUGGAUCCUUCCUUAAAAAUAAGAACUGCUAGGAUCCAUCUUUUUUCCUCCUUUUCUAUUUUAGACUUCUGUUUUACUUGUAGUUUGUGUUCUUGUAUGGGUGUUGAAAUUACACUGUCAAAGUGAAAUGAUUAAUGAGCUAUUUGGGGGUUUUGCUUCUUAA